CGGGUUGCCGCCCGGCUAUUGGGCCUCCCCGGAGUCCCCGCUGGCGCCGCCUGGGUGCCAGGAGACCGCACACCCGCCCGGACCAGGCUGCCCAGAUGCGGGUGCCACUCUGCCUGUUGCUGCUCGUUGCCCACGCCACAGACAUGCUCCCCCUGAACCGAAGGAGAAAGCAAGUGGGCACUGGUCUGGGGGGCAACUGCACAGGCUGCGUCAUCUGCUCAGAGGAGAACGGCUGCUCCACCUGCCAGCAGAGGCUCUUCCUGUUCAUCCGCCGAGAAGGUAUCCGCCAGUACGGCAAGUGUGUGCAUGACUGUCCCCACGGCUAUUUCGGCGUCCGUGGCCAGGAGGUGAACAGGUGCAGAAAAUGUGGGACCACGUGCGAGAGCUGCUUCAGCCAGGACUUCUGCAUCCAGUGCAAGCGGCGGUUUUACCUGUACAAGGGAAAGUGUCUGCCCACCUGCCCACUGGGCACCGCAGCCCAGCAGAGCACGCGGGAGUGCCAGGAGGAGUGUGAGCUGGGCCCCUGGGGCAGCUGGAGCCCCUGCAUGCAUCACGGGAAGACCUGCGGCUCGGCCUGGGGCCUGGAAACCCGGGUACGAGAAGCUGGCCACGCGGAACAGGAGGAAGCAGCAACCUGCCAGGUGCUGUCUGAGUCGAGGAAAUGUGCCAUCUGGAGGCCCUGCCCAGGAGAGAGAAACCCCAGCCCGAAGAAGGGCCGGAGAGAGCGGCGCCCGCGCAAGGACAGGAAGACGGACCGCCAGCUGGACGUGAGGCCCCGCCGGCCGCAGGCCUGA